GUUUUUAUUUUUUGCAUUAAUCUGAUUGUUUUGCUACGCUAAAAAGGCCUUCACUUGAGCUAGUUUGAACGAUCUCUCUCCAUGGCAACCACAAUCACUGCCUUGGUGUGUGCAUUGUUGAGUUUACUUUCCAUCUCACAUAGCGUCCAUGGAAUCAAGAGAUGGCCUGGUGGUGGUUCCACAAGAUUCUAUGAUUUCAAGGUGCAAACGAAGAGGGUAACGAAGCUGUGCAGUAGCAGGGAGAUCGUGACCAUUAACGAAAUGUACCCAGGCCCGGUAGUUUAUGCUCAAGAAGAUGAUCGAGUCAUCGUUCGAGUCACCAAUUUAACGCCUCAUAAUGCCACAAUCCACUGGCAUGGGGUCCGCCAGCGGUUGUCGUGCUGGUUCGACGGCCCUUCUUGCGUCACGCAAUGCCCCAUCCAAGCCGGCCAGACUUUUAGUUACGAGUUCACUCUGGUUCAACAAAAGGGCACCUUUUUCUGGCAUGCUCACUUCUCCUGGCUUCGGGCAACCGUUUAUGGCGCCUUCAUCGUUUACCCCAAACCUGGCGUCCCCUACCCUUUUCCUUACCCGUACGAGGAGCAUAUUAUUAUACUAGGGGAAUAUUGGUUGAAAGAUGCUCUAAAGCUCGAGCAGUCAGUUUUGGCCAGCGGUGGAGGCGCUCCGAAGGCUGAUGCUUACACGAUCAACGGCCACCCUGGCCCCAACUAUAACUGCUCCGCCAACGAUGUCUACAGGAUCAACGUGGUGCCUGGGAAGACCUACCUGCUGAGGCUGAUCAACGCAGGAUUGAACACAGAAAACUUCUUUGCAAUCGCCAACCACAAGCUCACCAUAGUCGAAGCAGACGCAGAGUACACCAAGGCGCUGCCCACGGACAAGGUGAUGCUCGGUCCUGGACAGACCCUCAACGUCCUUGUCACAGCAAAUCAGCCCAUAAGCAGAUACUCCAUGGCUGUCGGGCCGUACAUGUCUGCAAGAAACGUACCCUUUCAAAACAUAACCUCAGUUGGGUAUUUUCAGUACCUAGGUGCAACACCAAACAGCAUAUCUUUACCAGCCAUGCUACCUAGGUUCAACGAUAAUCUUGUCGUUAAAACUGUAAUGGACGGGCUCCGGGGUCUGAACACCUCGGAUGUUCCUAAAGUGAUUGACAAGAACUUGUUUGUCACCAUAGGUGUGAAUGUGCAGAAGUGUAGUAGAAAAAACCCAAAGAAAAACUGUCAAGGGACCAACGGGGGGGGGGUGUUUGCUGCUUCCAUGAACAAUAUAAGUUUUAUUAGGCCUAAUGUUUCACUUCUAGAAGCUUAUUACAGGGAUAGAGCUGGCUACUUCACUGAUGAUUUCCCUGGGGCACCCUUAAAAUUAUACGAUUUUGUUAACGGGGCGCCUAACAAUGCUCCUAUCGACACCAACUCCAUGAAUGGGACGAGGGUAUUUGUGCUCGAGUAUGGGACAAGGGUUCAGCUCAUCUUGCAGGAUACUGGAACUGUCUCGACUGAGAAUCAUCCGAUCCAUCUUCAUGGAUACAGUUUCUAUGUCGUGGGCUAUGGCACGGGAAACUACAAUCCAGAUACUGCUAAUUUCAACUUGGUGGAUCCACCCUACAUGAACACCAUUGGCGUUCCUGUUGGUGGAUGGGCAGCAAUUAGAUUUACAGCUGACAAUCCAGGGGUCUGGUUUAUGCACUGCCAUCUGGAGAUACAUUUAUCAUGGGGUUUGUCUGUGGCGCUUAUCGUCAAGAACGGGCAAGGACCACUCGAGACCCUUCCUCACCCACCAGCUGAUUACCCUCGGUGUUAGAAGCUGUGCUUGUAUGUGGUGGAUAAACAAGAAUCACCAGGAGGACUUCCGAUAUUUUCCAUGAUCAGAUUCUUUUGUACAAGUGUGUAUUAUGAAUGUCUAAGUGUGGCUUGGUUGUCUCAAUAAAAAUCUCUGUGUUUCUAGAUCA